AAAUCCCACAUAGCCAUGGCCAAAAACCUCGACUUCAUCGGAAACUUACCCGAUUCUCUUCUCCUCGAGAUCAUCUCUCUCCUUCCUUUCAAAGAAGCCACAAGAACUUCCAUCCUCUCCAAGCGUUGGCGCCACAUUUUGCCCACGACGGCCACAAUCGACCUAAACGAGAGAAAAGGAACGAUCCCAAAACAUUUUUUCGCCGAAUUCGCUCAAACCCAAGUGAUCAAAAAUCGUCAAGAAUCACCUCAAGUAGAUAAGCUUUCAUUAACACUCUCCAAGCCUGAAGAUUUUGUUAAUGACAUCACUCGUUGCAUUGCUUCAGCCGUUCGAAGAAAGGCCAAAGUGAUUCUUCUUGAUUUCUCUGGUCCAAUGUGGGACGAAAAUAGUGAUAAUGAUGAAGGCUUUUUUGUCAGUGAUGAAUAUUUCACGAAGUUUGAUUUGCCCUUGAGUGUUUAUGGCCUCAAAACUCUUGAAGCUCUGAAGUUGUUCUCUUGCAAUUUUGACGCCUCUAUGUUCAAGAGUUUUGGUUCUCUAAGGCAUCUUUCUUUGGGGCGGAUCGAGUUGUCGUCAUCUUCGCUUAAGGCUUUAGUCGAAAACUGCGCGGUUUUGGAGAGUUUGAGCCUCAAGAGGUGUUGGAACACAGGGGUUAUUGAGAUCAAAGGGGCGAGUUUGAGGCUUGAGAGUUUGAGCAUAGAUAAGUGCCAUGUCAUUCACAGUUGGAUAACGAUUGAGGCGCCUAAUUUAAGGUUUUUCAAGUAUUGUGGCGAAUUUUGCACUUUCGAACUUAAUUCGACCGGGCGGAUCGACGAGGUUGUUCUUGAUUUCGGGCUUCAGUCGGAAUUCGGAGAAGUUGGUCCUCUUCUUUCCGAGCUGUUUCGCGAUUUUUAUGCUGCCAAGGUUUUGACAGUUUGUAGUUUUAUCCUUCAGCCGUUCGAAGAAAGGCCAAAGUGA